AUGCCUGUUGGAAGACGUUACAAAGUCAAGUGUGGAAUUUGUGGGUCAACGUUCAAUAACGAUUAUACCAGUAAGCACUGCCGCACUUCCCACCCCAGUUACAACGUUACCACACUCCCAACCACGGUAUGUAGAGAAUCUAACCAAUCUACACUUUCUGCACUCUUUGCAUCUCAUGUACAAGAACAAGCAAAGUCGCCAUCACGUUCACCUCCCAAUGACACUCAGUCUGACCAGUCAUCGGAUGAAGAGCAUCAACCUGAGGCACCCAUAGAAGUCGAGGAGGCCCUAUUUCGCGAGACAUGUGAAAACGAUCCACAGUUGGAGAUUGAGCAGCAGCAUGAGAUGACAAGUGAUGAAGAAAUGGUUGAUAAGCCAUCACCAGAGCAGCAACGAAACGUGAAUCGCGAUGAUCAAGUUGACAAAAUUACUUCUGAAAGUUCUGAUAGUUCGGAUUCUAGUAUUGCAGACACCGAUAUUGCAACUGAGAAUUCUACUGAAUGCUGGAUUACAUGUUAUGGCAAAUUACGGCAUUUGACAUCUACUGUUGGCGAAUGUCAAGAACUGCUUUCAGUUGCCGAUAAUGCUGAUGCCCCAAACCCAAAGCACUUACUUGGUGAUUUGGUGGAUAUUGUUCAGAGAAUAAAUGUUCAGAGUUCAUCUUUACUCAAGAUGGCUGUCAAUGAACUGACAAAGCUUGAUGAUGUCCCAUAUGAAGAAAAAUCUAAUAACCCUCUGGAUCAUUCUCCUAUCGAACGUGACCCGGCCAAGAGGCGGAAUAUAAUCUCUGACGCAGACAGGAUUUGCCUGAUAGAACAAGGCCCUUUCCAGCCCAAACUCACGCGUUAUUCUAGAAAUCCUAACAUAAAGGAUAAGAAAAAACAAUGUACGUUUUCAUCAGAAUGGUUCAAACAGUAUCCAUACCUAGAAUAUUCCCUCCACACAGACAAAGCUUAUUGCUUUGUGUGUCAGUUAUUCCCUCAAUCUGACUCCAGGGAUGCUUGGAUUAAAGACGGUCAGAACGCGUGGGACAAGAUGAAAAGUGUCGGACAAAAGAAGAAAGGGAAGCUAUCCGCUCAUUUUGGUUGCAGUAGUCACAAAGCCGCGUUACAGCAGUUUCGUCGAUCCAAGAGGACACAUUGA